CAACGUAGUUGGGACGUGGCCAAAUAAAUUGGUAGAUAAAGUGAUUUAACUUUCAGCCACUGAGAGACAAGUUUGUGAUACGAAGUCAGUGUUGUAAGAAAACAUCGAAAAUGAUUUUCUAUCGCUACAUUAUACUAUGGUUUAUCGAAUAUUUCGGAUUAAAUAAACCAUCGCCUCGGGAAGAGCUGCUUAUGAAGCUUUUAAAAAAGAAAAAAAAAGUGGAACACAAGACUCAACUCAAAGUAGAUCAGACGUAUAAUUUCUAUGUGACCAUGUUAUUAUCAGUGAUUUGCCCAUUAAUAUGCUUGUCGGUACCCUUAGCGAUCCUGGAUUCCCCGUGUGACAUUUUACUUGAAUAUGAGCUGCAUCAGUGUUACGCAAUUGCUAAAUUUCUAAAAGAGUACAUUAACGUUGUUGAUUUUUUUAUAUUGGCAUUAAUAAUAACAUUAAUUCGUAUAUCGACCAAAAUGAUACUUGACGGUAUAAAAUAUACAAAGAUUAAUAUAAGUCCUUGGCUCGAAAUGGGCAAAUAUACGUUGCCUUCAAAGACAAUACAGAUUAUUGUGCACGAGGAUUCGGAAUGUGAAAUAAUGCAGUCAUUUUAAUUGAGACAGAUUUUAUCAAGAAGUUCUAUU